AUGGCGAUGGACCCGCGGCACCCGAGCGCCACCUCGCAGGAGCUGAGGGUCAAAGAGGAGGUGGAGGAGGAGGUGGAGGAGGUGGAGGAGGAGACGUCACCAGCGGUGGACUUCGCACGCAGUGACCCUGGUGCGGGUGACGGAGGAGAGGUUGGCAUGGGGGAGGGGGCGGGUCUCCCUCCAAGCACGGCCGAGGUGGAGGUGGAGCUGCGGGAGAGCGACGCCGGCGGUGACGACGACGAAGACGACGAUGGGGGACAAGCGAGCAGCGAGUGGCCACAGCAGCGGACGAGGAGGAGAAGGUGGAGGCGGAGGCCCCUGCGUGUGAGCGAAGGUGGAGGGGGCGACGACGAGGAGGAGGAGGAGGAGCACGUGGAGGAGGAGGAGUCUCCACACACCUGCGUGCACUGCGGGGAGGCCUUCCUCAUGCUCUUCAGCCUCAAGGUGCACCUGCGCACGCACCUGAGCGACCACCCGCACACGUGCGCCGACUGCGGGCGCUCCUUCUCCCACCCGUCCACGCUGCUCAAGCACCGCAGCGCUCACACCGGCGAGCGUCCCUUCGCCUGCACGGACUGCGGCCGCGCCUUCUCCCGCGGCUACGGCCUCAAGCUGCACCGCCUGUCGCACGCCGGCGCCCUGCCGCACCCGUGCGCCGAGUGCGGCCGCGCCUUCGCCGAGCUCGCCGCCCUGCGCAAGCACCAGCGGCGGCACGCCGCCGCGGCCGCCGACGCCGACGGCCGCCGCCGCCGGCCUCACGCCUGCCGGGCGUGCGACCGCACCUUCGCUCAGGCGCCGGCGCUGGAGCGGCACGAGCGCAGCGCCCACCCGCCCGGCGGGAGGCCCCACGCCUGCGCCGAGUGCGGCGAGGAGUUCUCGCGGGCCGAGGCUCUGCGGGCCCACCGAGGCGCGGCCCACGCGGCCCAGCGGCCCUUCGUGUGCGAGCGUUGCGGCGACGGCUUCAUGCGCCUGGCCACGCUGGACAAGCACCGGCGCACGCACACGGGCGAGCGUCCGCACGCCUGCGAGCAGUGCGGCCGCUCCUUCUCGCAGCUGUGCAACCUGCGCGAGCACUGGAGGACGCACACCGGGGAGCGGCCCCACGCCUGCCCCGAGUGCGGCAAGGGCUUCUCCAAGCUCUCCAACCUCAAGGUCCACCUGCGCACGCACACGCACGAGCGCCCGCACGUGUGCGAGCGCUGCGGCCGUGCGUUCACCCUCAUGUCCACGCUGCGCAAGCACGAGCGCACGCACACGGGGGAGCGGCCGCACGCCUGCGCCGACUGCGGCCGCGCCUUCGCCCAGCUCUCCAACCUGCGCGCCCACGAGCGCCGGCACGCCGCCGCCGCCUCCGCCGGCGGAGCCACGGCCGUCAUCCACGAGCGCCGGCACGAGUGCGGGGAGUGCGGCCGCUCCUUCGCGCAGGCCGCCACGCUGCACAGGCACCGACUCACGCACGCCGCCCGUGCCCACGACGACGACGAGGCCGCGCCCGCCGGUGACGGCGCCGCCGACACGGAACCCGCCACCGUGCCGGUGACGGCGGCGGUGGCGGUGGCGGCAACGACGGUGGAGUCGCCGCCGUGAUCGCGGCAAUGGGCCGUGCCGGUAUAGUGUAGUUUAUAUUGUAGUGCCGGGCUCGUUGCCAGGCGUGUGCGCCAGCGAUGGGUUAGCCGCUCAGUCGCUCGGCGUCGUCUCUCGUGCGUGUGGUGUGCCGUGUGCCGUGCCGUGUGCUGCGGUUUGGCAUCCGACUAGGACUUGUAUCUGGCACGGCGCGGGAGACGACUGGCAGGGUUCACCUGGAACAUUGGUUCAAGCAGAGCCUGACUCUGCUGGUGGUAAUGAUGAGACUGGUCCUAGCCUAUAAACAUCUGGGCAAUUCAACAGCAUUGAUUCAGGCAAGCAUGACUGCUGAUGAGACAUUUGGUGUCAAAAUCGGUGCACAGUUUUGUUUCAUGCUGAACAAGUGCUGCUGAAAUGACGCGCUCCCCAGAAGGCUGUGGGGCAGACGGGACGUGUAGAUUAUAGUCGUAGGAGCCCAUUUCCUUAACGAGAGGGAAGGGCCCUUGCCCAUGCGAAGAAUGGGAAAUCAUUUGCCGAGCUGUCGGGUUUAUUUUGAUCGAAUCGGUCGAGCGAUGGACAGGUCAGGGCUGCCGUCUGACGCCGGCUCCUAUCACAGCGCUCUGUAGACAAACCAGCGGCUCAUCGACGGAGCGAAGCCGUUCACACGCGGCGGUGGAGCGGUCGCGUGGAGCUCUCGUCGGCAACUAGCAUCGCGAGUUUCGAUCUCUGCGCGCGGCACGCAAUGACAUUGCACACCCGGGCAGCGGGUCCGGCACGGGCACGGCGACGUCGCGAACUCCAACGUGGUCUCGGGCUUUUUCUCCAUCGGCGCCAUUUCCGUGUUGGUGGCUAGGUAGAUGUUAAUUCUAGAUUUGAAGCUUUCGUGACUGCAAGGAUUCAUAUUCUUAGGUUUUUUCGGUAAAGUCACGUAGGUAAAAAAAUAAAAAAUACUAAAAGUUAAAUUAAAAUAAAAUAAAUUCCACCUGAAGACGGAGGUUUGUGUUGCCUCCGAAACGUCGUGAUUUUUAUUUUAUUUUUAUUUUACUUUUAUUAAUUUUUAUUUUUUUACCUACGUGACUUUACCGAAAAAACCUAAGAAUAGGUAGAUGUUAACUACCUCGCCUGGUAUGCAGGAGGUCGUGGGUCCCAUCCCGACCCUUGAUACCUGUUGCUGUAUAUUUGGGGUUUGUGCGUCUCUCUCCGUGUUUAUUGUUGUCCCCCCCCCCCGCCACCUUCGAUUCGUACGGUUGGCAAACAUAUGGUGGUGCGAAAGAAGUUCAACACACGCACAUGAACGCUAAUUCCUUCAAAGGAAAUCCAAUCACUCCACCACCCCCCUCUCCCGCUUUGCUCUUCCGUGUGUUUUUUACGAUCGAAUCCCAGUGGCAGUACCCUCUAAACAAACUUUAAAAUCACCCUCGCCGUGCGAUUGAACGUUUUGGACAGAACAAAAAAUAGCGUGCAGCAUGGGGAGGCUGUCAUCCAGCAGUGGCUUGAACAUGGCUGAUGAUGAUGUUGAGCUGGCUAUACCGCCUGACACUGUGAUGUACUGUUUAGUUUGUUGUCCUUCCCCCCGCACCUCUGAUUAGCACGGUUGGCUAUGUAUGGCGGUGCGAAAGAAGUUCAGCGUAUCUACAUCGGAGAAUGGGUUUCUAUGGUUCUAUGUAAGUCUCUGGAUCUCUUUGGGUCUCUUCCUUCCGAUAUUAGGAAACCACUGGAGCUAUGCACUUUUAAAUCACCUAGAUUGACAAACUCAUUUCUUUAGAAUUGCUUGUUGUGUUUAGUUUGUAGUCCUUCCCCCGCACCUCCGAUUAGCACGGUUGGCUACGUGUACUGGUGGUGCGAAAGAACUUUAACAUACAAACGUACACCCAUAUUUGUGGAGUCUUACCUUAGCUACCAUAGACCAGGGGGAUCCAGCAACCUGCGUGCUCAGGAGGCGCCGUGUGUCCCUUUAAGAGACCGCUUUGUGACGUCGUUUAUUGAGCGCCGCCAUCUCAUAUUCGCUAUCUUCGCGUCGCGGCGAUAUUGAGGGGUUUUUUUGUUUCCUACCGAAUUCGAUACAUAUGGCUGUCUCGUUACUUUGGUUUUUACCGCCCUUUGCUGUAAGACAAUCGUGAGCGAGCAGUGCGAAUUCUAAUGAUGUCUUAGAAUGAGGGGAGAGCUGGUUAAGUCAUUUGGCUAUAGCUUUCAAAAACUGUAAAAUUACAAAAAACAGGGACCAGAGUACAAACCGACUUUACGACUUCCUAACUCCGAUACUCGAGUUGAGACACGGGGCAGUUAGGAUAGGGGUGCCACAGUGGCUAGAUGUUCACUACCUUGUCUGGUAUACAGGAGGUCGUGGGUUCGGUCUGACGACAUUUAGAAUGAACAAUCCAUCGUUUUAGAGUAUUUGUCUGCUGUAUUUUUCCACAUGAUGAGCUGCUUCGUUGAGCUAUCAUUCGUGAUAAGUCGCUUCUGAAAAAAAUCCACAGAGCAGCUCAGUGAGCCUGAUCUGAUAAAAUAAAUGUUUAGUUUUAGGGGUCUAUACCAAGUAGAGGACUUCUACUAGACGAGUACGGACACCUCGAUUCACCAGGUACAAUCCGUCGCCACGCUCCGAGAGACCAGGGAUCCGCGGACCUCUGCCAGGAUACUCCAGGGGAGUCCUUGAGGAUACUAUAUGAGAGAGACGACCCCUGGUGGUCUGCGAGGGUACUACAGGAGAUGGUUCCCUGGUCCGUAGACGCCUGAUGGUCGGUCUUCAUAGGUGCUACUCGCGAACGUCGCUUGCCCCAACAGUACAUUGAGGGUACAUGGGGAAGUCUUUGUCUUUUAUACCACAUGUAGAUGACCACCUGAGUGAGCGAUCUAACAUGUUCACGUUGUAUUAGAAGGGGGCUAAAGAGCUGACAUUCUGUAUGCCUAUAGCCAAGUCUUUUUUUGUUGUUGCUUGUGACGAGGACGAUCUAAAAAGGAACGUUCCAGAAUUUGGGACCCAAGCGUACGGUAGCGCAGGUUGACUGCUUUUACGUAGAGGCCAUAGCCCUGCCUGCUAUGGCUACGACAGGGGACCCUGCUGGUCCAGGAGAUCAUACAAACUCCACUCACUCUCACUGUAGAACAGGGGGAGAUCAUACAAACUCCACUCACUCUCACUGUAGAACAGGGGGAGAUCAUACAAACUACAGUCACUCACUUUGCAGAACAGGGGGAGAACUUACAGAAAUAUGCCCGAGUCAGGAAUCAAACCCAAGAAUUUAUUGCUGAGAUGCAAGCGUUGCCACUGCGCGCCAUGCCCUGUACGAGUACUUUACCAGCUAGCAGAGUAAUUCACCUCCUGUGGAGUGUGACGCUAAGACCAAUAACGCAGUGAAUAUUGUUUAAGCAUUAUUAUUAUUCUGCUUGUUAACCCAGGCAAGCGUAGAUGAGUAUCAAGACUUAUCAGGAGGGUCCUGCAAGGUUGUUAGUAGUUAUAGGGAGUGCAUUUGAGCAUCUUUAUUUUUGCGGUGUAACUUUUCAUAUUUGACCCAUGACGCCGGCAAACACAAUUCAGAAUCAGCGCCACACAACACCAAGAGGGUCAGGACUCUAUCCAUCUGUGUGGAGUUCACCCAGCGUGCACACAAAAAGAAAGCACAAACCAAGUUAAAGAAAUCCUGCACAACGCGUGGAGCGUGCAUCAGCGCUCAAGAAGGCACCUCCCAUUAGCAACGGUUGCCAAUUUGUGGUGCAAAAAAAGUUCAACGUACAAACAUCCCACACCUCCCAUUGGCAAUGGCUGUCUACGUGCAAUGCGAAAGAAGUUUAAUGUACAUGCAUCAUCUGGCACCUCACAUGAGCAACGGUUGGCUAUGUGUGGUGUGAAAGAAAUUCAACGUACAUAUAGAACGCGAUGCAGUGAUAUCACAGCCUUGGCCGACAAGGGUAAUUCCUUUUACCAUCUUCGUUAAAUCCUCGGCUUCUCUGGGCAAGACACUUUUGUCACUUUAGCCGAUUGUUACACUGGUCUCAACAUUCAAUACCAUCCGCCGAGCACCACUUUCCCCUCGAUUAGGGGCACCAGGGUGGCUAGAUAUUGACUACCUUGCCUGGAAUGCAGGAGGUCGUGGGUUUGAUCCCGACCCUGACGACGCAUGCUAUCUCGCGUGCGGUAGCAGUACUGCAGCAGCAGCAGUAUUAGUAGUUGUAGUAAUCUCAAGGUCAAACACCCACGCCGAAGGAUUGUCCAGGGCGGCCACUGGAUUCUGAACACGUGAGCCUCUGCAUCGCGCUGAUUGUAGCCUGCUGUUUUAGUGCGUAGCAAAGGCAUUACGAGGCUUGUGAGAAUUAUCUUGUAGGUGCUGCUCAAUAACGGUAUUUGACCCCAACAGUCUGUUAAGGGCUCUAGAGGAGGCAUCUUUGUAUCAUGUGGGGGGGGGGGGGG